UACAACGACCACGGCGCACAAUGUCACGGGAAAACAUGUCAUCGAGCGACGUCAAGGCCGAGAAGAAGAAGCGCAAGAGGGCGGAGAAGGCGGAGGAGGAGGAUGAACUCGAGAUCGAUGUCAAUCUGCCCGAGCCACCGUCGAAGAAAGCCAAGCGCAAAGAGAAAAAGGCCAAAUCGAAGCCAGCUGCAACAGAAAACUCAGAUGCCGCAAAUGAUGGCAGUGCUACAACCAAAGCGCAGGAGGACAACAUCCAUCCUUCACGCAGCCUGCAAGUGCCGGUAGCCAAAGGAGAAGAAGCGGGUAAGCGGUCAGAUUAUGGAGUCUGGAUUGGCAACCUCUCUUUCAAGACGACGAAGGAAACCCUCCGCCGAUUCUUCCUUGACCGCGGUGGCAUCGACGAAACCUCCAUCACACGCCUACACUUACCCGUCGACCACAACACUAAGCAGAACAAGGGCUUCGCCUACGUCGAUUUCACCACUGAAGCGGUCCUUAACAUCGCUAUCACAUGCACAGAGAAGCUCCUCGAUGGGCGCAAAGUGCUCAUCAAAAAUGCGAAAAGUUUCGAAGGCCGCCCCGCCAAAACGAAGGCGGAAGAGGAUGCUGCAAAACACGGAAACACCAGCACAAAAGCCCCAAGCAAGCGUGUCUUCGUUGGGAACCUGAGCUUUGACAUCACCAAAGACGAACUAGCAGAACACUUCGCCCAAGCCGGUACCGUCGAAGACGUCUUCCUCGCGACAUUCGAAGACAGCGGAAAAUGUAAAGGCUUUGGCUGGGUGACUUUCGCCGAUAUCGAAGCCGCAGAAAAAGCUGUGAAGGGCUUCAUCUACAAAGAACAACAGCAAGAUGAUGAUGAGGACAGCGAGACUGCUAAUUCGGACAAAGAGAAAGAGAAGGGCAGUGAUAGCGACAGCGAAGAGUACACUGCCGAACAGAAAAAGCGACAUGCGAAAAAAAAGAAGAAACCAAUGAAGUGGUUCAUCAAUCGGAUUCACGGUCGCAUGAUGAAAUUGGAGUUCGCCGAGGACAAACAAACCAGAUACCAAAAGCGGUAUGGGAAAGGUAGCAGCGGAGCAGCGAAACACCACGGCGAAGAGCAGGCUGGCAACGGCGCAGAAGAAGAGAGCAUCGAGGCAUUGGCGGCACAAGCUGCAGCAGCGCGAGAUGCACCAAGGGAGAAGAGCAACAAGAAGCGGGAUCCGAAUCUGAAAAAGAUGAACAAGGAUGAGAGACAGGAACUACGAAGGAAGAAGCAUGAUGCGCGACUAACGGCGCCCGGAGCCGCCCUUGCGAAGGCGCAAAGGAGUGACAAGGCUUCUGGUACUGCUGUUGCUGGAACAGGCAAAAAGAUCAGUUUCGAUUGAGGUAGAUCAUAAUGAUCAUUAUGGUCAAUUUCGGAUCCUGGCGAUUGU